AAAGAUUUUGAAUUUUUUUUUAACAGUGCACGAAUGGCAGUCGAAAUGAAUUACGAUUUGUUGAUGUUGACAACGGUGACAGAUGGCGGCUUUUGAAAUCAAUUGUUUAUUUUCCAACUUGUCAUAGACUAGCAAUGAUUUUCUCAAAGAAAAAAAUCAUAUGUAAAGGAACCGAAUUGGAAAAGCCUUAUACAGAAACUUGAUAUGGUGUCAUAUCAUUGCAGCAUGCCUGUACUGGAAAAUGUACAAGUCUCAUUAAAUGAGAUAUUAGAAGUACGAGGAAAUCCUUUAAAAGAGUAUGAGUUAUGGGGUCUACUGUUUCAGACAACUCAGGCUGUACAGGAUAUUUUUUUGCGAGGGCAUGCAAAUGAGGAUGGUGUUCCACAAUAUUUAGUUACGCCUGAUAACCUUCUCUGCACUUCAACGGGAAGAGUUAUAUUAAGUGUUUCCCAACUUGAAAUCAUCAAAAAAUCUCAAUCUUGGUGCGAUGAGCUUGAGGACAAAAAUAUUUGUUCUCAAAGUGAAAUCUUGGAGAAGAUAUAUGUGUUUUCUAUUGGCCAAACUAUAUUUCGUGCUGCUUACUUUAGUAUUAGUGAUAAAAGUCAGAACAAACUAUCACCAUUAAUUAGAACUGUCUUUCAAGGAUUGUGCCAAAAAGAUAUUGAUUUGCGAAUGACUUUGUCUGAUGUAAUACAGGUUUGUACUCUGCAUGCUGAAAAAUACAUGGAUGGGUGUACAUUUUCAAAUGUGAUUGUAAAGUUGCAUCAAGAAGUCCUAGGAAGUUUGCCAGAGAAUGAAAUUCUAUCCCAAGUUGAUCAAGAUAUCUUAAGAGAAAAUGAAGCAGAUGAUUUAAAAAAUGCUAAUAAAGAGAUGCUUGAUUUGGACUACAGUGUGAAAUAUCUAUCCUAUGGCCAUAGAUUAGGCUAUCAUCCUGAAAUAUCAGUUAAUAUCAAUGCAGGAAAUAUUUUAACUGCAAAGGAGCGUUGGAAAAAAGCAUAUCAUGGAGUUAGAGAGCAGAUACUGAAAUCCAAGUUACAUAUUUCUACCAAAGAUGAAGUCCUUAAAAAUUGGCAGGAGCAUAAAGCUCACCAGUCAAUCUUAAGAGUUUAUGAAGAGUUAACUGAAAGAAGGAAAAUGCUUGAAUUAUUACGAUUGAGUAUUAACAUUGGCCCGUCUGCUCCUGUUGAUGUGGAUACAAAUCUUUUAACCACCGGGCUAAAACCAAAAACUAUAGCUGAACUAGUCCUAUUGUUACAAAGACCUGCUAAGCAACCUGCCAUUUCUUCUAAGUCACAUACUGAAGUACAAAAUGACAAUAGGGCUUCUUCAAGUAGCGAUUCUCAGUUUGCCUUUUCAAGUAAUAGCUCUACUUCAGAUGAAGAAUGCCCUAGACAGCACUAUUACAACAUUCAAGAAGUUGCUUUAAAGCAACCUUUUUCAACUGAUUCUGAAUCUCAAUUUCUGAUGGGACCUGAAUUUGUAAUAAAUCAGCUAAAACCUCCUGAGCAUGCAUCUCCUUUUUGUAAAGAUGAGGAUAUUAAGAAGUUUGCCUUCACAGUUGUUGUCCACUUGCUUUCUGGAGAGACUAUAGAAAUUGAAUGUGUUCCAUCUACAAAUGGAAAACAAUUGAUGCAAUUCAUUUCUGAUAAGCUUAAUUUACAAGAACGAUAUUUAUUUGGAUUAGUUUUUAAUUAUGGUGGUGAAUAUACAUUUUUAGAGAAAAAGCAAAGAAUUAGAGAUUUGCUUCGUUACGAUGCAAAUUCCACUAUAUUUUCUAACAACAUGAUGCAGCUUUAUCUACGAGUGAAAUUUUAUAUUGAUGACAUUCAUCUUAUGAGGCUUAUAUGAAGUCUCCUGAGUAUGGCAGUCAUUUUUAUAAAGUUUAUCAGGAUAAAAGAAAUCUGUCAUCAGCUGUUUGGCUAGGAAUAAGACCAAUUGGAAUAGAUGUGUAUGACAACAUAUCUGGUAAAAGGACUGUCACACAAACUUACUCGUGGCAAAAUAUUAAACGAAUAUCAUUUUCUAAGAAAUAUUUUUGCAUUGCUCCAAGUAAUGAAAAUCAUUUUGGUAAACAUGUUAUCUAUAAGUUUUACACUGCAGAAUUAUCCAGGAGUCAGUAUUUGUUUAGUAUGUCAAUGGCUCAUCAUAAAUUUUUCUUGAAGUUAAGAUCAGUUUCUAAAGCGUCUGAAAUAUUUUCAGAAGAUUUAGAGGAAGAUCAUUUAUGUGAUUGUUCAAAAAUUGAAACCGAAAAGGAAAUGGUUUGUGAUCUUUAUGACUCUCAUGAAAAUUGUCUAUUGAAUGAGAAAACAGUAAACAGUUCCCCCAAACCUCUAAAUGAAUCCCAAUUCAGAAAUACUUUGCCACUGUUGAGUAGAGAUCGAUACUCUAAAGCUUCCCCAAAACGAGUUGUUCGUUCAUCAUCAGAUCCAUACCCUGGAAAAAGAAGAAAAUCAGAAUACUUUAGCAUCGUUAGCUCAACCAAAGAACUGCGAACUAAAAUUCCUCACACAAUACCGAGAACCACAUGUGAAAAACGUAGCAUGAAAUUAGUGAAACUGCAGAAGGAUAGCAAAUAUGGUUUUGGUAUGGUUAUAACGUGUGGAAAUACCUAUGAGACAGUCUUGCACGGUGCUUUUGUAGAAUCUGUACACCCUGGUAGCCCUGCUGAUCAAGACGGCAAUAUCAGUCCUGGUGACCAAAUUAUGUUUGUGAAUGGAACAGAUGUUCAACAUGACAAUUUCAUGACUGUGGUUGAUCUUUUGCAACACUCUGCUAAUCCUGUUGAACUUGUUGUUGCAAAGGCGAAUAAAGUUAACGGCAUUCCAAAUUUCAUUGAGAAAGAAGUGAUUGAGAAGCCUUUUACAAAAGCAAAAGCUUGGAUUUGUGGGGAUGAAGAAAAAGUCAUAUCCACAGCUAUAGAAAGUUCUGACUUUAAAUCUGAAAACAUGCCGAUUCCUCAACCUCGAAAGAAGUGGGUGGAUCAAAAUAAGCCAGUCAACUUUGAUGUUCCUGAUUUGACUCUAAACCAUGCCACAAAGCUCAUCAGUGACCAUUCCUGGAAAGAAGAGACCAACAAUGGAUUGAAUGGGCAUCGUCCACGGGACAACAUUCCGGACAUAAUAGCUUCCCAACUGAAAUAUGAAUCUGAGCCUGUGUCUUCAAAUCUCAGCAAGGAAGAUAUUUCGGAAAGUGAGCUCUACUCUGAGCUGUCUGAAAAUGUGGACGACAACUUCCUCUUACCUGGUGAAGUGUUUCAUGUUGUGUUGGACAAAAAAAAUGGCUCUUUGGGCUUAAACAUUUAUCAAGGAACUGAGCAAGGAGCUAUCUCUGAGCAAAGACACAUCUUUAUUCAUUCGGUCAUUCCUCAAGGUGCGGCUGAUCUAGAUGGUAGAAUAAAGCGAGGUGAUAAGCUUAUUGAAGUGAAUGGAGUACUUCUGGAAAAUCUUUCAUAUGAAGAAGUUGUUACAAAAUUAAGAGAAAGUCCACAAGUUGCCCUUCUUGUCUUAGAAAAAGGGAAUUUUCCAGAAACUGAUCACAUUCAAAAUAACUCAAAGAAUAUUAGUGAACAACCCGUCAAUUCAGAGAAUAUUCAACAAAACAGUGCUACUACAAAACGUUCAGUAUUUGCAUCUCAAAGUAAAGAACAGAAUGCUAAUUCAGCAGAUGCAAGUACAUUAUCUAAAUCACAUAAAGACAGUGAUAUUGAUGGAUUGUCCUGUUCCUCUUUACCUACAGAACUUAAUUCAGUGUUUUACGGUGCCAAAGAUAACUGUUCCGUAGUACAGAGCAUAGAACAUGUUACUCCCCCUAGUGUUUCGCCUAAAUUGUCUUCUGUCAUUAAAGGUUGUAAAUCUAGUCUAGAUCAUAUCAAAGGCAAUAGUUCUAAAAAGUUGCUAUCUAAGCUGACAUCUUAUAACAGCACUCCUAACCUUGUUGAUAAUUCUGAUGAAGAAGAUAUUAGAAAUGAAUUUAAUAGAUCUCUUUAUCGGAAUAGGAGUUCUGAAAAUUUGGUCACACCUCCUAUUCACUUUUUAAAUCCACAUCAAGCAUUGAGUGAUAUCUAUAAAAAAUAUUCUUUUAGAAAAGGAUCUUCAAGUAAUGUACAUCCAGUUCCCUCUGUGCCAAUUAGAAAGAAAAAAUUGAAGAAACUUCAAGAUAUUUAUGAUUACAGUAAUCCAGAAAACACUUUUGAAGUAUCAAUUCACAAGAGCAGCCGAGGUCUUGGAUUGAGUAUUUGUGGUGGGACUGGAAUACAGGGAAGAGAUACAUUUUCACAGUUGAUUCGUAUUCGUAAGCUUUAUCCUCUGCAACCAGCUUUAGAAUGUGGCAAACUACAACUGGGAGAUGUUAUUUUAAGUGUGAAUGGAACAAAUAUGGUUGGAUUGACUAAUACCGAAGCUUUAGAAGUUUUAAGAACUACUCCUGCUGAUGUAGUUUUGGAAGUUUUUCGACCUUCUAAAUCAUUGAUUCCAUGCUUUUCUUCAUUUAAAGAUGGUAUGUGGCCUUUCUGUGAUUCAUCAUCUAGUUCAGCUAGCAGUUCUUUAUCCAGGACUGAAAAUUCUUAUAAUGUGGAGACAGGUGAGUUUGAGGUUACUCUUAUCAAAAGGGGUGGAAGCUUGGGCUUCAGUAUCUCUAAGAAAGACAGUUUACCUGAUCUCCCGGAUGAAGGAAUUUUUGUGAAGGCAUUGAUUCGUGAACCAGCGAUUUCCGAUGGUAGAAUUCAACCUGGAGACAAGAUUAUACAAGUGAAUGGUGUGACUGUUUCCACAAUGACUCAUGCUGAAGCUAUUGAAUUCAUACGACAGGCACCAAACUCUGUCACUCUAAAACUCUACAGAAGUGAACAACCUCCAAUCACCCCAGGCUACACUGAAAAAGAUAACCAAAUAAACAAACCUCUCAGGUGGGAAGCAGUAGAGCUUUUGAACGAUCGCAUGAAGCACAAAGAAAGUGGAGAUGAGGGCAGUGCAGGUAAAAGAAAAAUUAAAAGAAAACUGGACAGAUUUUCUAAUGCUCCAAGUAAUGCUUCAACUGAAAGUAGCAGCACAAGCAGUAGUUCCUCAAGUGGACAAGAGCAGGUAAUUGAAGAAAGUACUAAGUCUGAUGUAACUACUGAUUUGAAUGUUGAAGAAUCUUUUUUGCAAAGAAACCUGAGGCCUAAAUCUCUAGAUGUCCUAAAUUCGUCUGAUCGUAAGCGCUUGCCGGCUUAUACUGAUGAAGAAAGCUUCCAUAGGCAGUGCAGCGUCAUGUGCACUAAUGUAGACUCCAAGUCAAAGACUGUAAACAAUACCAAUGUGAGCCCUGCCAAGAAAGGAUUUAAGAAUUUGUUGAAAUGGAGAGGUAGCACACUUCCUCAUUCCGAGGACGAUAUUAGUCCUGAUGUUGUUCCUCAAGUAAAUUUUUCAAUAUCUUCCACAUCCAACGAACAGAGUCUAGCCUCUCAAGAUUCUGCAUCAGAUGAUGAAAAGCCUGUACCUUUUCCUCGUACUACAAGUUGUGCUACUGAAUGGGUGAAUACAUUUGAUGUUGAUUUGGACAGAGGUUGGCACGGACGACUAGGAUUCAGCCUUUUUGAUCCACCUACUUCCUCACAAGAAUCUCCCCGCAGUCUUCUACCAAAUGCUCCAGAAGUAAAGGCUGUACAUCCUGGAAGCCUUGCUGACAAGGAUGGAAGAAUUAAAGCUGGUGAUCGCCUUGUCGAAGCCAACCGUGAAAGCUUUCUAGGUAAACCUGCAGCUGAAGUUAUUGAUUCCCUAAGGAAGACAAGAGGUCUCAUACGAAUGGUAUUUUGCCGAUUGGAAAAGAGAAUGUAAACUUCCAGUGGAAAAUAAACCAUCAUCUAGUCACUAUAUUUGCCAGACACAAUUAGUGAAUAUUUAAUGCCAUAAAUUUAUAUUAAAGAUCGCUAGGAAAACAUACUUUGUCAAAGAAUCUCAUUCCAAUUUGUUGUAUAUUUCCAUUUUUUCAAAAAUGAUUAUAGAGUAACUUAUUUUUCUUUUCAUUUUCAUUCCAUUUACAUAUAUUCCUUCCAUUUCCAAUUUACAUUAAAUAUGUGUGUGUAUUGUUUAUCAUUCUUCUCUUUAUUUUUAAAUCACUUGGUCUCUGUCGCACAUCAGUAAUUGUGUUUUUCAUUAUUUUUGAACAUAUCAUUUGACUGUUCUUAUAAAAAAGUAUUUUGUUCAGUAUUUCUUUUUACACCAAAAAUAUUCAUUUAGUUCAGUAUUGCAUGAUCUUCAGUUUAUGUGUUCAGUAUUGCACCAUUUAUGUAUUUAUUCUUUAUUUGCUGAAAUUUUGUUCUUAAGAAAAAAUUGUAAUAUGAUUCCCUAUGUUGAAAUGAUAUUUGUAAUCUGGUGGCUCUUAAUUUUAUUUAUAACCUAAAAAAUCCUCAAAAAUAAUGAUUUUAUACUUAUUGUAAUACAGUGAUAUUUUUUAAAAUUUCUUUUUCUCCAUUUAUUCUUAUAUAUUAUAGAUGUUUUUUUUAUCAGUUUUUAACUGAAUUCGUAAAAAUUUAUUAGUUUAAAGUUUUUACAUUUUCUUUGAUUGGUGCUUGCAUUUAAGAAAUCUUUGUUUCUGCAUGUCAUAUCAGUCUAUAAGGCAAAUAUGUGAUUUUGUUUUUCUUUACUUAUAACGUAAUUGCAUUUGUAAUUUUCUCAUUAGCUACAAAAAUUUUAAAUGAAAUCUGUGUUCUAAAAGUCAUAUUGAGUUAUGUUCCAAUUCAAAAGUGUCUAGCAAAAAGUCAGAAAAAAAAAUUUUCUCACCUAAAUUCGAUAAUUUUUAUAGAUUUUAGGUAUAGUAAUAGCUAUAUAUAAUUUGGUAUUUCAUUUCAAAUGUAAAAGACGUAGUCUUGUUGCCAUUUUUAUAUUUGUUGCAGUUUAAGGUUAUUACAAGAGUAAGGUUAUUACAAGAGUAUCUCUUAAUCAUAAAAUAAUGAUCAUAAAAUGUAUUAUAAAAUACUAUACAGUACUCUGACUAUUUAAAAGAAAUUAAUUUAAGUUUCAUUUCACAGAAAGUAAAUUUAAUUUUUCAUGAAUCUCUUCUGAUUCUGUGCAAAAUAAUUGCUAUGAAUUUUUUGUCAUAAUAAUAAAUAAUUUAGUUUAGCAUGUUAUUAGAAACUACACUUAUCUUGAAAUUUUGUUCUGUUUAUUUGUAUUAACAAAAGGUUUUACGAAACAACAUUCAAUACAUAAUUAUUAUUUUUUUAUGAACUGCAAUAAAUAUACACCUUAAAUUAAGUUUUUUGUGAUUCAUCAUAAUAAGUAAAUGUAUUAAGUUAAUCUUUCUAUUAAUUUCUUUUAAAUUAUUUUUCAAUCUGAUAUUUUUAUGAAUAUUUAAAUUUUCAAAGAUUAUUAUUGCCCUUUGAAUGGAAGCAUUGUGAAAUUUUAGUGUAUGUUUAAUUGUGUGUUAUUUUGAAAAAUAAAGAUUUAUUGUUGCAAA